UUCAGUAAGUUUAUAGGUAUGUAGACUAUCAAACUUGUCAUCUUCUCCAGUUGUUUCCACCUCAUUUUCAGUAAGCAGAUCGAAUCAGCUUCCCAUACAGAUUGAUUGUUGAUUAAUUAAAUGCUGCUUAAAUGAGAAAAUAAUGUCAUUUUAAUGUCAUUUUCAUAAUAAAUACUCUGUGGGCUGAUUAUGCUUGCAACACCCUUUUAAAAAUCCAGGCAAAGUUUGUUUUCAUAAAAUGCCGAGUGUUUAACAGCACAAACACAUCUCUAAGUGAAUUAGGAGCUCUCAGGGAGUCCAGUACGCAUUCGUUUGACUGCAGAUAUUGGAGUGUUUCUCUGGGUGUGGUUUAACAGAGACUGACUGCGCUCGUUUUAUCAUUCCGCUCACCUGAGCCUCUGCCAAAACUGGAGGCGGGAGCGUUUGUAUACUGUAUAAAUAACCCGAGACAUGAUAGUGAGUGAGAAUCAUUCAGACUCCAGGGGCAUCUCUCCACGGGCUGUGGGUUAUUACACAUCAAUAUGCAUAUAAACGCACCCGAAUCGUACAAUUUCAUGUUUUUAUUUUGCUUUUUAAUAAGGAGUGGUCUGACUUUGAAGAAUGAUGCAACGGAGAUUUUCUACUCUCAUGUGGUCAGUCCCGUGCAGGAUGCUCAGAGCAACUCGUCUCUGAAUCGCGCGCGCUCCGGUGGAAGAGGCUUCACAGCGCACGAGAGAGAACGAAUCCCAGUCGGCUGCAGAGAGCUGCGAUCCACAAAGUACAUCUCAGACGGCCAGUGUACCAGCAUAAACCCUGUUAAGGAACUGGUGUGCACUGGACAGUGUCUUCCAGCUCAGAUGCUGCCCAACUGGAUCGGUGGAUACGGUAGGAAGUUCGGGAAUCGCCGAAACAAUCAGGACUGGCGCUGUGUGAACGACAAGACCCGUACCCAGCGGAUUCAGCUCCUGUGCCAGGAUGGCAGCACCAGGACCUACAAGAUCACAGUGGUGACCUCCUGCAAAUGCAAAAGAUACACACGGCAGCACAACGAAUCGGGAGUGAAGUCUGUGGGAUACGCUCAUACCCAGAUAAAAAAACUAAAGAUCAAAGCAGGCACGGGGACGGAAAGCUAAAUGAGUCUUUUCCUCCGACUGUGCUAUAUUUUCCCUUUUAAAACAAGUUAGUAUAAACGUGAGGGCUUGUGACAUCAGCUCACAGGAACACUGAACUUUCUUUGUGCUGCCUUUGAGAGCAAGUGCGGGGCUCUGAGUUCACUGUGAAACCAGAUGUCCAGUGCAAUCUUUGGAAAGAAGAGAAAAUGAAGACUAAAUCUCAUCACCAAAAUAAUCUCAGUAACAUGCAGCCACUAGUGAAGACCUGUUCAUAAUCACGUCAAAGAGACUGACAAUGACAACUGCAUAUUACGUUACAAAAAUGAUUAGAAACAGGCCUGUGAUCCUAAUUGUUUUUGUCAUCACUGCCUGAUAUGUGUGGUAAUCACUUGCUGUAGCUAAGUCUUUGUGUAAAUGUCUGUACAUAUACAUAUGCAUUUGUUUAUGUAAUUAAUUGUUUUGAAGGAUCUUUAUGUGUAUUAUUGUGAUGUAUAAGCUGAUGUAAUAUAUUUUGCCUUGACUUUGCUCAUUUUUAGUUUGUGCAAGCAUUAUUCCGACAAGAUAUCGCACUAUAGUGACAAUGCUUAUAUUGGCUAUUAUGGUGUAAAAACAUUAAAAUGAAAACAUCUGAAAA